GAAUGUGAUCUGCCUUAAUGGUCCACCAGUGGUCCACCAAGAAGGCUUACGAUAAAAAGCUUCGCAACUCAGGGGAUCCACCACAUUCCUAAUUGGAUCCUACCCAUGCUGCCAUGAAUCUCGUACCGGAAUUUGCUCCUAAACUCUUACAGCUGGAUGGGACCGAGGGCUUUCGGGUUGGGAUAUAAGAUGUUGAGAACUUCCUCCUCCGUAUGUUUUUGGAAUCAUCACAUCCAUCCAUCUAUCAACCUUUCAUUCUCUCAAGGUUCAUUUGCUUGACGCAAAAAAUACUCUCGACGAGUCAUUCCUUCAUUCUUAUUCUUGCCUACAAUCAUUCAUCUUGAUUCUUCAGAUACUACUACACAUUGAUCUUCAUCGUCAGAUCUAUAUUCAUAUUCAAAUUUUGAGUCAAAGUCGAAUUCAAUCUCACCAAUCAACUUCCGAAAUCAAACUUCAAUAUGUUUACCCUUCCUUUAUUCUUGGUCGCUGGCGGCCUUUUCACUCUUUCUAUGGGAGCUCCCAUUGAACAGCGUACUGUAAAUUCUUACACUGUUUAUUCUGGUGAUGGAGAUAUUUCAGUUGGAUGGCCAACUCAGAGUGAUUGGAUUUCAAGCUUCGAUACCAUGUUCGACAAUCAAAACAGUGUUUUGAAAGCUUCAUGUACUCAAUUCGGUGUAGAGAACAAUUCCGAUGAUGAGAUCUCUGAUCUUAAAUCCGCCAUCUCUGAAGUUGCCGACACAACUGGUAUUGAUUCUCGCUUCAUUCUCGCUAUCGUGAUGCAAGAAUCCAAUGGAUGUGUUCGAGCUCCAACCACCGUAUACUCUAUCUCUAACCCAGGACUUAUGCAAUCUCACGAAGGAUCCGGUUCUUGCAACAGCGGCUCUUCGGUUCAAAACCCUUGUCCAAAGAGCGAAAUGGUUCAAAUGAUUACGGAUGGAACAGCCGGUACUUCAUCCGGUGAUGGACUCGCUCAAUGUCUUACUGAAAGUGAUGCUACUGAUGUUUCCAAAUAUUACAAGGCUGCUAGAAUCUAUAACUCCGGUUCAAUCGAUUCAUCUGGAAAUCUUGGAGACGGAGUAGCAACUCAUUGUUACGCAACUGAUAUCGCCAAUCGUCUUACAGGAUGGUUUUCUGGAACUUCUUCGUGCGAUAGUGCUACCAUUGGUUCAUUGACUGGUGGAGCUGCUUCUGCUGGCUCCAGCGCCGUUAGCUCUGUGGUUUCAGUUGCAAGUUCGGUAGUUAGCUCUGUGCUUUCCGAAGCUACUUCGUUACUUCCGGUUGCUACCUCUCCUUACGCACUUCCAACAUAUGCUUCUGUUGGUGGUGUAUUUGCUCAAGCAGGUACCUCAUCUUCAUCUUCUUCCAUCGUCGCAGCAGCUACCUCCGCCGUAUAUGUUCCACCAACCGCUUCAUCCUCAUCCUCUUCUUCUUCUUCCAUCGUCGCAGCAGCUACCUCCGCCGUAUAUGUUGCACCAACCGCUUCAUCCUCAUCUACAUCUUCCUCUACCGCUGCAGCCAUUACCUACGCUGCAGCCACGUCCGCAGUCCCUAUCCCAGCAAACGCUUCCUCAACCUUCACAUCCGCACUCACAUCCGCAAUCCCCACUCCCUCUAUCCCUACAUCCGUCCUCACCGCCACCAAAUCCCCCACCACAUCCAUCGCUGUCACCUACCCCUCCGCAUCCUCCUCCUCGUCAAACAACACCACCCACACUCCAGGGACCGAAUGUUCCACCCCAGGUACAUGGAAUUGCAUUGACGGAACAACGUUCCAACAAUGUGCAUCGGGUAUUUGGUCGAGUAUUGGAGGAUUGGCAUCAGGAACUGCUUGCAAGGUGGGCGAAAGUGAUAUCAUUGAUAUCUACGCUACAAACUCCGAACGCAAGAGAAAUUUUGGUGUGGAGAAGAGAGGAAUGAGACAUUCUCAUAUGCAUGGUUUUAAGAGAAAUGUUUUGUAGAUUUGGGGGGGUUUUUGGGAGUUCUUUUUUUCUUUCGCUUGGAUGGUUUUUAUCAUCUUGCCUUUUAGGCAUUUAUCUUCUUCACUUUUUUUUUUACUUCUUCUUCAAACACUUAGGGUUCGGAUGGGUUUAGCAGGGAUGCAAAGGAUGAUAGGGGAUCGGUCAUCACAUAAAACCACAGCACACUACAUUACACGAUAUGACGAUAUGGAUUGGAGCGGCAUAGGAUUCAUUUGAUUGGGAUACAAUAUGAAAGCAUAUGAACGGAAAAGAAAGAUACGAAACCUGGUGUUUCUCCUUCAUGUGUGGUCUGCAAUGGAAGUUGGAUGGAUGGAGUAUUUUGUAUACCUGGUUGGGGGGUUUGAUAUGGAUUUUUGGGAGGGAGCAGAGAAAAAAGAGAAAAAUAAAAGAGAGUUUGUUGUUAUAGUAUAACGAGGUAUCUUAUACUUGCUAGUAUACAAAAUCACAAUCUACAUCUACAAUCUAAAUCUCCUACAAAUCGCAAAGCACAAACUUCCAAAAUAAAAAUCCCUUUGUUCUCGUCCUCAUUGUACUAUAUAUGAUAACCUACUUAUCUAUUUGACAUCUAUCUAUCUAUUCAUUAUUCUUAAAAUCCAAUAAUAUUUAACA